CAAACUCCUCAUCAUGUCAGUGCUGCCAAAGCUGAUCAGCCCGCUGGUUACCAGUCCAGCGGAUCCACCCAGAAACAAGGUGACAGUGGUUGGAGUGGGUCAGGUGGGCAUGGCCUGUGCCAUCAGCAUCCUGCUGCGGGAACUCGCUGAUGAACUGGCUCUGGUAGAUGUCAUCGAAGACCGUCUAAAAGGAGAGAUGAUGGACCUGCAGCACGGCAGCCUCUUCCUGAAGACAUCCAAGAUAGUUGCUGACAAAGACUAUGCAGUAACAGCCAACUCUCGCCUGGUUGUGCUGACGGCUGGUGUUCGCCAGCAGGAGGGCGAGAGCCGCCUGAACCUGGUGCAGAGAAACGUCAAUGUGUUCAGGUCCAUCGUCCCCCAGAUCAUCAAAUACAGCCCCAACUGCACCCUGAUUGUGGUGUCCAACCCUGUUGACAUCCUGACGUACGUCACCUGGAAGCUCAGCGGCUUUCCUAAACACCGUGUUAUUGGUAGUGGCACCAACCUAGACUCUGCCCGCUUCCGCUUCCUGAUGGCUGAACGCCUCGGUAUCCAUGCCAGCUCCUUCAAUGGCUGGGUGCUGGGUGAACAUGGAGAUACCAGCGUACCUGUGUGGAGUGGUGCAAAUGUUGCAGGAGUCAACCUGCAGAAGCUGAAUCCUGAGAUUGGCACUGAUGCUGACAAGGAGCAGUGGAAAGCCACUCAUAAGGCCGUGGUGGACAGCGCGUACGAAGUCAUCAAGCUGAAGGGUUUCACCAACUGGGCCAUCGGCCUGAGCGUGGCCGACCUGACUGAGAGCAUUGUGAAAAACAUGAGCCGCGUCCACCCUGUGUCCACCAUGGUGAAGGACAUGUACGGUAUUAGCGAUGAAGUCUUCUUGUCGCUGCCGUGUGUUCUGAACAGCAGCGGCGUGAACAGCGUGGUCAACAUGACGCUGACAGAUGGCGAGGUGGCUCAGCUCAGGAAGAGCGCCGAGACACUGUGGAACAUCCAGAAGGACCUGAAGGACAUCUGAUCACACAAACUCACACUUUACACACACAAAUACACACUCCAGUAAAAAAAAAAAAAAAAAAAUUGUAGCACAUUGAUGAAUUUUCCCCAUGUUACUAUAAAAA